AUGGCGCCCGCAUUGCUUGCAGUUGGUGCUCUGUUCUUCACAGGUGAGGGAGUCGUACUGUGCUUCGGGGCAGUGCUGGCGCUUGACAACUGCGGCGGUGGGGAUAGACGAAGCCGGUGGGCUAGCUGGUGGCAGCCUGCAUCCUCCCUAGGCCGCUUUGUCGAUGGGCUGGCCGCUGCCUAUCCAUCAGAUGUACGCGAUCAGAGAGAGAGUUUUGGACAAACAUUGGCUAAACAUGCUGAGAAACUGAAUGUAGACAUGAAGUUGCAGCUGUGGAAGGCAGCCCUUCGAAAAGUUGCCAAAUUGUCCGGAUACCAUCUGACCAGAAAUAGCGACACUUGGAAUCAAGUGAAUCGUUUGGUCCAACUACAAAACACACUUCUUUCUAAGAUUUUAGGAGACUGUAGAAGUUUGAAGGUUGACAAUAUUGAUACAGGAAUCUAUAUGAUAAAGCGUAGGCUUCACUCUAAGAGAGUUCUUCUAAUUCUUGAUAGUGUAGACCACUUGGAUCAAUUAGAAACAUUAGUAGGAGCGCGUGAUUGGUUUGGUAAAAGAAUUAGAAUCAUCAUCACAACAAGAGAUCAACACUUGUUGACUGCGCAUGGAGUUGAUUCAAAAUAUGAGAUGACGGGAUUGAAUCAAGAUGAUGCUUUUCAACACUUUUGUUGGCAUGCUUUCAGAAAUGAGAAACUGGUUGACGGUUAUGGAGAGUUUGUAGAACAGAUCAUAAAUUAUGCUGGGAGCCUUCCACUAGUUUUAACAGUGCUCGGCUUGGAUUUAUAUGGCAGAACUAAAAAAGAGUGGGAAAGUGCAUUGGACCAGUACAGGAAAAUCUCUCACCAAGAUAUUCAAAAAAUACUUCAAACGAGUUAUGAUAGAUUAAGUGAAAAUGGAAAGAAUGUUUUUCUUGACAUUGCAUGUUUUUUCAAUGGAGAAUGGCUUUAUAAUGUCAUUGAGCUGCUAGAUAGUUUUGGUUUUUACCCAAACUUUUCGAUCCCAAGACUAAGGGAGAAGAGUCUUAUUUCGGAAUUUCACGAAAUAUUGCAAAUGCAUAACUUGUUACAAGAUAUGGGUAGAGAAGUUGUUCGACAAGAAUCGCUUAAAAAUCUAGGAACACGUAGCAGAUUAUUCUUUCAUGAAGAUGUUUACGAAGUACUAGAGAAUGAUACAGGAAUAGAUAAUCAUGUUGAAGGAAUUGUUGUAGAUUUUGCUGAAGGUGAUGAUAUCAUCCGCUUGAGUCCCAAGGCCUUCGAGAAUAUGAAAAGACUUAGAUUAUUUAGAUGCCGCAAUGCACAUUUUUCUAAAGAACUUAAUUGUCUACCUAAUUCAAUAAGAGUGCUUGAUUGGCCUGAUUGUCCUUUACAAUCUAUGCCAUCUAAAUUUCGUGGAGACAAACUCUCUAUUCUACACAUGCCUGGAAGUCGCAUCCUGGAGAUACCGUUGGAAUUAAAGGAAAUAGAUCUUCAUUCUUGUAAAAAUCUAGUUGAAGUUCAUGAUUCUGUUGGAUUAAUCCUUGAUAAGCUUGUUAACUUGAGACUUGGUGGAUGUUUCAAUCUAAAGAGCUUUACAAGGAGACUCCAAUUGAGAUCUCUGGAACUCCUUGAUCUUGGUGAUUGCUCAAGCCUUCAAAAUUUUCUUGAAAUAGAAUUUGAAAUGGAACAUUUACACUUUGUCUACUUAAUGGGCACCGCAAUAGAAGAAUUACCUUCAUCCAUUGGGUACCUCACUGGGCUUAGACUUUUAGAGCUAAGUAGCUGCGUAAACCUUAAGUGUCUACCAAGUAGCAUUCAUCAGUUGAGAUCUCUAAAUCAAAUUUAUCUCAUGGAUUGUCCAAAUAUUAUAAGUUUUGGGAUGGAGGAGGAGGAGGAGGUGCAUAAUGGACAACCCACGCCUUAUGUAGUGUCUACAAGCUGGGAAAAUGAAGCUUCAUUGGGUGCAGAAUUAUUCCCAUUGCCGCCUCCAACAAAAUCAACCACUUGUCUUUACUUGUAUCUUAUGAACUCUGGCCUAUCAAAAUCAAAUUUCUUUAGGCUAUUUAAUUGCUUUCUCAAUCUGCAUACAUUACAACUAUCAUGUAGUGAUAUCGUAAGCAUUCCAGCAAGCAUCAAAACAUUUGUUGGAUUGUCAAUGCUUUUUUUGAAUAAUUGCAAGCAACUUCAAGAAAUUAUGGAGUUUCCACCGAAUCUAGGAUCGCUUCAUGCUGAUGGAUGCAUAUCACUGGAAAUAUUACCGGAAAUAUCAAAAAUAUUUCAUUUCCCACGGCUAGAAAGGAUUGAGUUGAGCAGAUGCUAUAAAGUGAAUAUGGGGAAUUGUAUGCCAAAUCCUGCGUGGAAUCGAGAUUAUGAAAUGAUAUUUUCGGGAAAUAAGAUUCCAGAUUGGUUCAGCCAUUGCAAGGAGACUUCAAAUAGUCAUCGGUGUGAAUUUGAUAUUAAAGGGUCCCCACCGUAUAAUUCGGAUGACAUCAUAGGAAUUUCUCUUUGUGCUAUUUUUGAACCCGUUGGGACUGGGGGAUUGCAAGUUCACUUCAUCACAGUAAAAUCCGAGGAUCUUAGGCGCCACUACAGAUAUACUAAUGAAGGAAAACUUGAUGAAAUGGAUUCAGAUCAUGUAUGGUUGGAGCACUUAAAUACAGAAGAUAUUAGGCGUCGAGGAAUGAUUGUAGAUCAGGCAAAUGAUCUGAGGAUUAUAUUUGAAAACAGAUGUCCAGAUUCAGUGAUCUUCAAACAUUACAGAGUUCAUCUGUUAUACAAACAGCAUGAUGAACAGAAUGCAAAAGAUCAUGAAAAUGUUAUUGUCCAUUUGGAUGCACCCAUUGAAAAUAUUGGAAAUUUAGCAAAUCCAAUGGAUCAUGGAUGGAAGUCAACUUUCUAA